AUGGCUGCUAGUUACCCCGAGUUCACUGCAGGUCCAACAUGGAUACGUAAAAUGCGUACGCUGUUUCGUCGACUAGAUUCAUCUGGACAUGGUUAUUUAAUGGUUGAUGAUCUGCUAGAAGUUGGAACGUCAAUAUUUAAUGUUUAUCCUAAAAUGGCAGCGUAUAAAUAUGAUGAAUUAGUCAAAACUUUAGUAUAUAUGUGGUAUCAAGUAAUCUGUACACAUGUACCACGCCAGUCAGCGACUACAAUGAAUUUAAACGAGUCAAUAUUUGUAGAUAAUAUGACAAAAGCAUUGAAAGGUAAAUUUCGUGAACAGUUUGAUGAACAUUUUAUCACUCCAAUGUUUUCUGCUAUGGAUCAAGAUGAUGACGGCAAGAUAACUGCACCAGAAUUUCAAACUCUUAUGGUUGCAUGGAAAUCAGUACCAAAAGAUUGUGAGUUAAUCUUUAAAAUGCAUGCUGAUGCAGGUCGAAUGAAUAAAGAAAACUUUUUAAAAAUUUUCGUCGAUUUCUUUAUGUCGGAUGAUGGAAAAAGUAAAGCUGUACGAUUAUGGGGACCACUGUUAAAUUAUAAACGUGCUGAAGACUAUGGUACACUUGAUUGUGGACCUGUAUGGGAGGGGAAAAUGCGUACAAUGUAUAGACGCUUAGAUGUUAAUGAGACAAUGAAAUUACGUUGUCAUGAUCUGCUACAAAUUGGUCAAUUUCUUGUUCAAAGAGCUCAUUUGGAUAGAAGACGUUCUGAUGCUGUUAUGCGUGCCAUGCUACAUAUAUGGGUGAAAUUUUUGGCUGUAGACAAGGCUGGUGAACAUUUAGACGAGAUUAGAGAAAUUGAAUUUGUUCAUAAUAUGAGAGAAAUGAUCAAUGGGGAGUUUCGUCAUGAAAUAGAUCAAUUCGGAUGGACAUUUUUCAAAGCUAUUGAAGUUGACAAUAGUGGUUUUAUAUCACAAGCAUCAUAUCGAACUUUACAAGAAGCUUGGCAUGUUGGACGAGAAGAAGCUGAAGGGAUGUUUAAAAUGAUUGACAAUGAUAAAGAUGGGAAAAUCAGCAGCGAUGAAUUUCUUACUGCAUGGAAUGAAUAUUUUCUCAGUGAAGAUCCACAAAGUCCGUAUAGAAUGUUUUUUGGACCAGUUAUUUCAAGACCAACAGAAGCACGAUAA